ACAUUUCCUCUGAACAACACUUGAAUGUUCGAGUAAAAAACGUUGCACCUGGACUACAGAAAGUGACGUGGAACGUACCCAAAAUUAGCUGUAAUUGUUCGUAUCUCUAUGUGAUUGAACAAAGGGCCAAGGGUGACGACAGUGGGCACGUGAAUUAUUUGCAUGUCCCCUCAGAGCAGAAUCAAGAAAAGGAAGAUAUUCAACUUGAUUUUGAGGAGUUAUUCGAAGCUCCAAACAUCUGUGAAACCUACGAAUAUCGGGUUUACACCAAGAACAUGAUAGACGGUAGAACCAAUUUCUCUGCGACCACCGAAAUGAGGAUGGAUCUACAAAUGAAACGGGAGUACAUAAAUCGACGAAUCGAUGGGAGGGCAGAGAGAGAGGAGAAAAGUCACAGGCGUCUAUUUUUCAUUUUCCUCAUAUGUUCUAUAGGACCUCGUUCCACACCAAAUCUGACUAUCACAUGGACUGAAGUUGAUGAAGUCAUGAUCUUUUGGGAUUUGGGAUGUUCCAAUGGAUCAACUUUCGAUGUCGUUGCCCAAUCGGAUGUAACCGAGCUAAGGAGAAGCAUACUUGAUGAACCAGGUUUGCCUGAGUACACAAAAUUUCGGGUUUCAGCAUGCACGUCCUACCUGGUAUACCUGGAUUUUAUUGCCGGUGAAUUCAGAAGUCCUUCAAAUUUUAUCCUACUUAACGGAUCGUUUGAAACCGCCAUAAAACAAAUUAAAGCGGAGAACAUUGACACGACUGUGCAACGUAUCAGUUGGGAAGAACUGGGCGAUGACUCCUGGUGUGCUGAGGAUGUGUACCAGGUGACGCAGACAGAGGAAUCUGACAAAAUUAUCCAAUCUCACAAUUUGUCUUACGGAGAAUCGUUUGAACCAGGAGCGCCUGUGGGAGUUUCCGCAAGUUUUCUUGAACCCGAUCAGUUGAGUGUAAGGUGGUUACCACCAAUCACUGCACCGGAAGUCGCUGCAUUCAAGUUCCUUGUUACCGCGUCAUCGAUUUCUGAUACGAAGUACGUUGUGCGAUACAACGUAUCCGAUUUGUCCUCGACAACCAUAUCGGUAGAACAAUGCACCAACUACAUGGUGUACGUACAGACUUGGGAUGAGAAAACGGGAGAAAUCAGCGACUACUCUUCAGGUGUCCUUGUUAUGCCACAGACACCAACUGUAGCACCCUUCCGGUGCCUAGCUGCCAUGCCACCCGAAGGGAGCACGAGUGUUGGGGUACUGCCAGGUUGCCCAAGCCUAGACAGGGGAAGUCGAGAGGCGGAGGUGGGAUUCGAACCACGGACCUUCCAAUUUUUGCACAGAACGAUGGUUAUUACUGCUGAAAGGAAGAAUGCCUUCACUCCGGAGUUGUUUAUCAGAAAAUACCAACUAGACCAGUUACAGACAAUCGGACAGGAAAGCAAAACUCUCACAUGCACCUUAAUUAAAAAAACUGAACACUCAUCUUCUCUUGAACGUGUCUCCCCCAACUUUCCUAAAUAUUCAUUAAGUGUUGCUCAAGUCCAAGCAAAUGCUACAAAGCGAAAUGCCAGUGAUUUCGGAAAAU